AUGGCGAUCAUGUUUGGUGAAACAGGGAUGCGAACUAGGACUUCAUCGUAUCAAGCCCUCAAAAAUGGUAGUUCCCCCAAUCCACCCUUGUUGUGUGCAGAAACAACAGUGGCCAUCAGCAGAUCUUUUAGUCAGGACAAAAUGUGGCUCAAUGGAAAAGAACAAAGCAUGGAUAAUCCACGAAUUCAGAAUUGCUUAAGAGAAAUUCGACGUCGUGUAAGAAAAAGAAAAACUCUGGAAGAGAACAGCACAGAACAGGAAGAUCUUCUAAACUGUCAUAUUCAUAUCUGUUCAAAAAAUAAUUUCCCUACUGCAGCAGGACUGGCUUCUUCGGCUGCUGGGUAUGCCUGUUUAGUUUUUACUCUUGGGAAGCUUUUUGGAGUAGACGGUGACUUAUCAGAAAUAGCAAGACAAGGUUCCGGUAGCGCAUGCCGCAGCAUGUAUGGUGGUUUUGUACAGUGGUGUACCGGAGAUGAAGAAAAUGGAACUGAUUCUGUAGCCCAACAAGUUGCAUCUGAAAAACACUGGCCAUCUCUAAGAAUCUUGAUUCUUGUUGUGAGUAACCAAAAGAAGGGAACAAGCAGCUCACAGGGAAUGCAACAGAGUGUUCGUACUUCUGAGCUUCUCAAGUUCCGUUCAGAAAAGGUCAUACCUCGGCAAGUAAAUGAUAUAACUCAAGCUAUUAAAGAGAAGGACUUCAGUAAAUUUGCUGAAAUAACAAUGAAAGACAGUAAUCAACUUCAUGCUAUCUGCCAAGACACAUUCCCACCAAUAAAGUACAUGAACGACACUUCGUGGGGUAUUGUGGAGCUGGUGCACAAAUACAAUAGCUUUUGUGGUGAGACAAAGGUGGCGUACACUUUCGAUGCAGGUCCAAAUGCUUGUCUGUACCUUUUAGAACCAUGUGUUCCAGAGGUGAUAAGUUUAAUUCGUUACUGUUUUCCUUCAUCAUCUGAUGGAAAGCAUUUUAUCACGGGACUUCCUGUUCAGUCAGUUGCUUUAUCACAAGAGUUGAUUCAAGGUCUUCAAUUCACCCCUUGCCCCGAUGGACUUCAGUACAUUAUACACACACAGGUUGGUUCAGGCCCAGAGCUCGUGGACGAACAAAUGCUUGAUGCCAAUGGUUUACCCAAGACAAAGUGCACCUGACACUGAUUAGCUAUAACAUCUUGUUGGCAGGAUUUGUAUGCUACUACUGCACAUGUUAGUAAAACAGAAAGUGGUGGAAGAUAUUUGAUAUAUAAUCCUUAAAAGAAUUUUAUAUUUAAACAUUAACAAACUCACCUGUCACAAAAAAUGUCAACAAAUUAACAUUUUUAUAUUGCAUGAGUUUUAUUACACUAAUAGUUAUCUUUAAGACUGCCAGGUUAUCAUUGUAAUACUUAUGUGUUACCUUACACUUAUCUUUGAUACUGCCAAAUAAACAAAUUGUAUCUUUUUUAA